CUGCUCGCAGUCAGUGUUCGCCCGUUUGCUGCUAUUGGAUGUGGCUGAACGUUUUUGUUGUAAUCUGGUGAACGCAAAAUAAUAGUGUGAAAACGGGUUCAAAGUGAUAAGCAAAAGUGCGUUAAACACUGUCUAAUUGCUUUUGUCUGCUAGACAGUGUGUGUGUUGUGCUAAUGGUGAACGUCACCUUCAAGGAUAAAAUGCUUCGGUUCCAGAUACCGAGCGAGUUGAAGGAUGAUCUCGUCUACUGUCAGCGAUCUCUGCGUCACUUUGUUAAAGUGCACCAGCUUUUAGCAGCCAAAUUGUCCAAUGGAUUGACACAGAGCCAGGUCAGCAAACUGAAGAGCUAUCUACUUGAGCUGGAGGCCGAAAUGGUGGAAAUCGGCAACGAACAACGUCCGCUAGUGCAGGAACUGGACGAUCUGGUUCACGGUUACCUCAAACAGGUGGCCAGCACGGAGUAUGUGGAUAUUGAUCGACAAAUUGCGUACGGCUACGUCACCCGGGCUCUCUCCGUUCACUACGAGAUGUCGUUCAAUACCAAAUAUACGCCACGGAAUGUCACCGAACGGUUGAACGAAGCCCAGCUGGUUCAUAAGUACGAGCUAUCCGCAUUUGACGAACCACGGCCAAAGAAGGAAAAGGAAGAAUCACGCAGCAGCACCGGUUCGUCGAUAUCGCCUACCACGGUUUUUCCACCCAACCAGAAGCAGAUUUCGCUGCUGAAACCGAAGGAAGAACGUGUGGUGGCCCCGAAAAGUUCCGCUUCUCAUCCACCACCGUUCACUAGUAUUACUUUUUCCAAUGCUAAAAAUUUCGUCAACGAACAAGCCUUGCGGCAAAUUGCCCCCGAAUCGAUCAGCAUUCCACGGGAACUGAUUCGGGUACUGUCCAAACCGGAAUCCCUGCCACGUCCCAUUCCAACGAAAGCCCCGAUUCCGGAUUUGAAACCACUGGAAAUCAAAGAGGAAGAGGAAGACUACGAACCGCAAGAAUUGCCGGCCACCGUUGCCAUCAAGAAAAGCCGUCUCAAUCUGCUGCAGGCACUGAACAAAGCCAAACACAACAGUCUCUCGCAAGUCUCGGUUCAUCUGACGGAUGAAGUUUCGAAACCUGCCAAUGUUCCGGUUUUUACCCGCCAGUCAAAAACGAUCGUCAAAACGAAAAGCGAUCCACUGCCAAAUACUGCCAGCAAACGUCCUUCCACCGGUGCUUCGUCCGAUUCGUCUCCCAACUCCCGCUCUUCCACACCCAUUUCGGUCAAAGCAUCCGACGAUUCCGGCGAUCGCACCCCGUACCCCAUCGAGGAGCAUGUCGAUCCGCAACCGUCGAGUAUCUUCGAAUUAGAGCAACCGGUUUUCCUGAAGUUUUUCGGUCUGCUCACGCUCGAGGAAAGCAAAGCGUUGGCUACUCGUAAAACUGAACGGAAACGGCGCAGUUGCAACAGCACCGAACGCAAGGACUUCCACUACGGUAAGAUCGAUUACUACGAGCAACAGUUGAAUCACAUCAGCAAAAGAAAAAAUAAACGACCGAUCCUGUACUCGCCGCCGUCCACCCGUGGAGUUAAGAAACGAAAGCAUUUCGAUUUGAUUGCAUCCAGCACCGGCGCAGGGACAGUGCGCUCAGGUUCGUCCGGUUCAUCAUCGUCGUCUACGACGACUCGAGUCGGUACCGCUACCAGCGACGGCGGCACCAAACUGAUGCUAUCGGAACUGGAGAACAAAAGUUGCAUCGUGUGCAACAAAUCAGGUUCAUCCGACGGUCUCAGCGCGUGUGUGUACUGUUGCAACUUUUACCACCUGCGUUGUCACAGCAAUAGCAUUUUCAAUCCGCAGCUUCUCCGCCAACGCGAUAACAUUUGUCCGGUGUGUUUGCAGAAGAAACAGCAAGCUUCGGUGGCUCUGCAGAGCCAACAGCGGGGUAAAUUACAGCAACAUUAGUCUUACUAGUAGAGUUUCCUCCUACCGUACCGUAGUAGUAGCAGUAGUAGCAGUAGAAUAUUUAUAAAGUUGUCGAUCAUGUUUCAUCACACGGCACUCACCCGUUAAUCAGGUGGCUCAUUCUGCUUCUUUCCGUUUAUCAUUUUUCAUCACAUCAUAUUUUUAUUUUUUUUUUUCGCUUAUGUUUGUUUUCCAUUUCCAUUGCACCUUCCCUUGUACAUAAACCACAACCUCACCUUUCGGAAACCGAAAAAAAACAGAUCGAGUGCUCCGCAAGCGUCUGCUGCGGAGAAACGUUCUCCAGAAGGCACGCCACGAGCAGCUCCAGCAGCUGAAACGAACCGUCGAGGAUGAGUAUUAUUCGAAGCAAGCGAUACGGGAGCGGCUGAUGGACCAGGAACGCCAGACCCGGAACCAGAUUGCCAAACUGCUCAACUGUAUCAGUUCGUUGCGACAUGAGCAAUAGACUGACUGACAGCGCAGCAGCAGCAGCAUGCACGGCACCACGAUCUUCCAAUUUUUGCACUUUGAUCCCCAAGCACUAUUGUAUCAUUAUUUUUUUGUUUUGCUCGAAUGUUUUUUUUUUUUGCAUUCCUUUGUUAUCGAGUAAACUACUAGCGCUUAUUAGUUUGUAUAUUUUUGCAAUUUUAUCAUUUUAUACAUUCGCAUCGCACAUUUACUACGAGAAACCACCUGAUCUGUACUCUGGAGUAAAGAUUAUUGAAAAAAAAAGCAAAACAUAUUUUCUGCAAUAUCACUUCAAAUGUUUCUUGUACUGUUCAAACGUUUAGUAUCGCUAAUCUAAUCACUGUUACGAAUUGUACGUAAUUAUGACAUCAGAAUUUAAAAGAAUAAAUCUAUAUAUAAUAAAUCAUAAAACAAGUUUCA